UUGGAUUGACACAGUCGAGCAACACAAACAGCCAACAAGUUGAUGAGAAGAAUCCUAAGCAUUGUUGCUCUGAGUUGUCGAAACAAGGCGAUUAAACCAACUCCCUUCAUUGGGAAUAUUGUGUUCUAAAUGCGAAGUCCUGCUUCAGCUACUCCAUUCUCCUCUUCUUCCCAUUCCAUACAUAGAGACAACAUAGACUCCAUCGACUUCUUCAUGGCUGAUCAUUCGUUUGAGACCGACAGUUCUUGGAUGGAUGUUCCUCAAAGGCCAAGGCACACUACUCCUGCCACUUCUCAUCAUCAUCAUCAUCAUCAUGUCUCCACCUCAUUUUCAAGCUCAAGCUCUUAUGUCUUCUCCCAACACCGGUCCCCGUGGAGGCGGAGAAAUCCCACUCCGGUCACCCCUUUUGCCACUGACGAUGACAGGUCAUGGCAAGGCGAGCUAUCAUGGCAGUUUCAGCCGACCGGUUGGCAGGAUAGCAUCAAUCUUGGGGCAGCACUUAGUCCAUGGACAGCCACUUCAGCUACCAAUCCAUCCAGGCGGAAUUUUAGGAGAUCAGCCAAUGACUACUAUCUUUCACACACUUAUGGCGGUUUCCUGCAGAGCUUCACCAAUCCUUACUAUGAGACUUCUCAUUCGGGUUAUAAUCCAGGGAGGCUCGAGCUUCAGAGUUAUGUUGCUAGGGCUGAUAAUGGAAGUUCGUUUUUUGACAGGAGUUACACUUCCGCGGAGCAUACCCGCCGGCCUGGUACGUUGCCGAUCAUCAGAGAAGGGAGUUCUGCAAGCAAGGAUGAGUUGAGUACGGCUGAUUAUGGUGCCUCACAAGACAUAGAGCGUCAACUUCGCUUGAUAGGGGCGUAUGGUGAAUGCAAAAAUCAUCAGGAUCCACGAUGGUUUUCUGUUUCGCAUGCUUAUAUGAAUGAAAAUGUUAAUGAUGAUCAUGGAAAGCAUGAUCAUCUUCAUCAUAGGUUGCAACAUAGUCGCCAUGGCCAUGAGGAGCACUACGGUCAUCAAGUAGGUAAUAAUUUGGAAGUUGCUAAUACUAGUGAUCGUUAUCACAGCCACCAUGAUCAUCUGAACAGGGCUGAUAAAGGGUAUGGCGACUUUGAUCGUGAGCCAGCAUACGUGGAAGAAGAUGAUGAAGAAGAUGAAGCUUCGCCGCCAAAAUCAGUUGGGCUGUUUAGCUUGUUCAGGUAUUCAACCAUGCUGGACUUAGUACUCAUGUUCUUUGGACUUUUGGGAGCUUUUAUCAAUGGAGGCUCUCUUCCUUGGUAUUCUUUUCUUUUCGGGGAUUUUGUUAACAAACUUGCCAGAGGACAAGACCAGGACAAACAUCAGAUGAUGAAGGACGUUAAUAAGGUAUGUCUGCUUAUGACUGGAUUGGCGGCAGUGGUUAUGGUGGGAGCUUACUUAGAGAUCACUUGCUGGAGAAUAGUGGGGGAAAGAUCAGCACAUAGGAUAAGAACUGAGUAUCUAAGAGCAGUUCUGCGACAGGACAUAGGAUUUUUUGACACGGAGUUAAGUACUAGUGAUAUCAUGCAUGGAAUCUCCAGUGAUGUUGCACAAAUCCAAGAAGUGAUGGCAGAGAAGAUGGCACAUUUCGUGCAUCAUAUAUUUACCUUCAUCUGUGGUUACAUCGUUGGGUUCUUGAAAUCGUGGAAGGUGUCCCUCGCAGUUUUAGCAGUGACCCCACUGACGAUGGGUUGUGGCAUUGCCUAUAAGGCUAUAUAUGGUGGCCUAACUGCAAAAGAAGAGGGCUCUUACAGGAGAGCAGGUAGCAUUGCAGAACAAGCCAUAAGUUCCAUCAGAACUGUGAUUUCUUUUGUAGCAGAGGAUACUUUAGCUGAGAAGUAUGCUGAUUUUCUUAAAAAAUCAGUACCGUUAGGGGCAAAACUCGGCUUUGCUAAGGGAGCAGGAAUUGGGGUGAUCUAUCUGGUUACUUACUCAACGUGGGCAUUGGCUUUCUGGUAUGGUUCACUUUUAGUUUCUCGCAACGAACUCAAAGGCGGUGAUGCCAUUGCUUGUUUCUUUGGUGUCAAUGUCGGGGGCAGGGGAUUGGCGUUGGCGCUGUCAUAUUUUGCACAGUUCUCACAAGGGACUGUAGCAGCUAGCAGAGUGUUUGAAGUAAUUGACAGGAUUCCAGAAAUUGAUCCAUAUAGUCCUGAGGGAAGGAAACCAUCAAGCAUGCGUGGGAAAAUCGAAUUCAGAGGUGUUUCUUUUGCAUAUCCGUCUCGUCCAACAAUCCCGAUUCUCCAAUCUCUUAACUUAGUGAUCCCUGCCUCCAAGACUCUAGCAUUAGUCGGUGCCAGUGGAGGUGGCAAGUCAACGAUUUUUGCUCUUAUAGAAAGGUUCUAUGAUCCGAAUCAGGGAUUUAUCACUGUGGAUGGUUAUGAUUUGAGAACAUUGCAAGUGAAAUGGCUAAGGAAUCAAAUAGGUAUGGUUGGUCAAGAACCCGUUCUGUUUGCAACAACAAUACUUGAAAAUGUGAUGAUGGGGAAGGAAAAUGCAACCAAGAACGAGGCUAUUACGGCUUGCAUGGCCGCCAAUGCUCACAAUUUCAUCUCUGGCCUUCCUCAAGGCUAUGAUACUGAGGUUGGAGAUCGAGGAACUCAACUUUCUGGUGGCCAAAAACAGCGUAUAGCACUUGCUCGAGCCAUGAUCAAAGAUCCUAAGAUCCUCCUUCUGGAUGAGGCCACAAGCGCCUUAGAUCCCGAGUCAGAAGUUAUGGUUCAAAAGGCUAUUGAUAAGAUAUCUGUAGGCAGAACCACCAUUGUCAUAGCUCACAGGCUAGCAACGGUCAGAAAUGCUCACACUAUAGUUGUACUUGAUCGUGGCUCGGUAGUCGAAAUUGGUAACCAUCAGCAGCUCAUGGAAAAAGCUGGUGCGUAUUUUGACCUUGUGAAGCUGGCAACAGAAGGGAUCUCACAACCUGUGCAGAACCGAAACGCUCAACUGAAGAAUAUGAACGAGUAUGAAAAAACUAUACAGGACACAUCAAGAGCAAAAGAAGUGUAUGAAAUAUCAAAAUCAAUGUACUUAAAAUCUACACAAGAAGGCAUCCAGUUUGAGGAGGAAGAAGAAUAUAAAAAGAAUUCGAGAAGAUAUAAACUUGCAGAUGUUUGGAAUUUGCAGAAACCAGAGGGCAUUAUGCUGAUAAUGGGGCUUUUACUGGGUAUGAUUGCAGGUGCAAUUCUCUCAAUCUUUCCCUUAGUUCUAGGUGAAGCUCUUAGAGUCUACUUUCUCAAAGACAUGCAUAAGCUGAAAAAGGACGUUGGACACCUCUGUUUGUUGCUAGUUGGACUAGGAUUUGGUUGCAUAAUCUCCAUGACUGGCCAACAAGGUUUUUGUGGUUGGGCUGGAACAAAGCUCACUAAAAGAGUUAGAGAUUUGUUAUUCAAAGCUAUACUAAGACAAGAACCUGGCUGGUUUGAUUCAAGUGAGAAUUCAACUGGGAUACUUGUUUCAAGGCUCUCAAUGGAUUGUGUGAGCUUCCGAUCAGUUCUCGGAGAUCGUAUCACCGUCCUGCUGAUGGGCUUGAGCUCCGCAGGUGUUGGAUUAGGAGUCUCGUUUGUUCUUGAGUGGAGAUUAACUUUGUUGGCUGCUGCUGUUACCCCAUUUACACUCGGUGCUAGCUAUUUGAACUUGCUCAUCAACAUUGGCCCAAAAAUAGACAACGAAUCUUAUGCCAGAGCUAGCACGAUCGCUGCAGGGGCAGUGUCGAGUAUAAGAACCGUAGCCACGUUUGGCACACAGGAGCUUAUAGUUCAAUCCUUUGAUCAAGCUCUAUACGAGCCCAAAAAAACAUCAGUCAGAAAGUCCCAAAUUCUUGGAUUGGUUCUUGGCUUAUCUCAAGGUGCCAUGUAUGGAGCUUACACCCUAACUCUCUAUUUUGGUGCUUAUCUUGUCAAACAAGGAUACACAAACUUUGGAGUGGUUUACAAGAUUUUCUUGAUACUCGUACUCAGCUCGUUUUCUGUUGGACAACUAGCUGGCCUCGCCCCAGACACUUCAAUGGCAACAACAGCUAUACCUGCUGUCUUUGAUAUUCUUAAUCGCAGGCCUUCAAUAGGAAACAAUGGUAAGAAAACCAGGAAACUUGAAAGCUCGAAGCCAGUUGAUCUUGAGUUCAAGCACGUCACAUUUGCAUAUCCAUCUAGGCUGAAUGUGACCGUUUUAAACAAUUUCAGCCUCAAGAUCAAAGGCGGAACGAUGGUGGCCUUAGUAGGAGGAAGUGGAUCGGGAAAGUCGACAGUUAUAUGGUUGAUACAAAGGUUUUACGAUCCUAUAAGGGGACGGGUUUUGAUGGGAGGCAUCGAUUUAAGGGAGCUCGACUUAAAGGGGUUGAGAAGACAAAUAGCUUUAGUAGGCCAAGAGCCAUCACUCUUUGCAGGUAGCAUAAGAGAGAACAUCGCCUUCGGGUAUCCUAAUGCUUCGUGGGCUGAGAUCGAGGCUGCUGCAAAAGAAGCUUAUAUCCACAAGUUCAUUUGCAGCCUCCCUCAAGGAUAUGAAACAGAGGUUGGUGAGAGCGGAGUACAGUUAUCAGGAGGCCAGAAGCAGAGAAUUGCUAUAGCACGAGCGAUACUAAAGAAAUCAAAAGUUCUGCUACUAGAUGAAGCAAGCAGUGCAUUGGACUUGGAAUCAGAGAAACACAUUCAAAAUGCGCUUAAGAAGGCGUCCAGACGAGCCACCACCGUGGUUGUAGCUCACCGUCUGUCGACAAUCAGAGAGGCUAAUUUCAUUGCUGUGAUGAAAGAUGGGGUCGUGGCAGAAUAUGGUGACCACGACAAGCUAAUGGCUGCCAACCUGGACGGCAUAUACGCUAACUUGGUACGAACGGAAACGGAAGCAAUGGCAUUUGCAUGAGUUCACAAGAAACAAAUAGGAUACUGCUUAGAUUGAUAGAGUUUCCUUGGAUUCAUGAAUCAAUGCCAAUACCUGCAAAUUCAUGCAGAGUUGGAUCAAUCUGCAGGUUGGCAUGCAUAUUUUUCAUUCAACAAAUAUUGGAUGGUUGAAGAAUAGGCUUAAGGCAUGGAUUGGAAAUGAAAGUAUUCGGCUAAAUUGCUUUUUUGGUCCCAUAAAAGAGGGGGGUUGGCUUUUAUGGGAAUAUUUUUUGUACCAAAACCAUCAAAACAUUUGCAAAGUUAGUCCCAAACUUCAUUUUAGUCAAUUUUUAAGGGCAAAAGACGU